UUAGAAAAGGCAUCUAAGAUAAAUUCAGUAGAUAUUGGUAAGUGGCAGGAUACGUAGUGUGAAGUGGUGCUUCCAGGGUUGCUCCACAUACGUGUGGACAUUUAACACCCUUGGAAAAUUCAUGAGUAAUUAAUCACCUUUGAAUCCAAUUCAAAUAAUGAGGUAAUGAAAAUACAUCUACUAAAGUUACAAAGUUUUAACUCUCCUUUACAAUACUUUUUUUCGCCAGAACUCGGAUGAUCGAUUAUGUCACGUGCUAUACUAAGUUCCCACGAAGGGCCUUCGCUUGAAACGUCGAAGUUUUACUUGUAUAUUUUCAGGUCGUUGAAUCCUUCUCAAUCCUCAGUUGUCUGGUGUUAUUAGACAGAUUUAGAUCGAGGACGCGGACGUCAAAGACGACGUGAAAAUGACGUGUUGUGCCCAUGUAUGGAUAUGCCACAUUGCCACGCCAUUGUGACGCCAUUUUCACGUCGUCUUUGACGUCCACGUCCUCGAUCUAAAUCAGGAUCUAAAUCUGUCUAUUGUCACUACCUAUGCUGACUAACGCCCGUAUUCUAAAAGCUCACUCACACUCAAUGAGUGGAAGUUCAAUUUGAGCUUCUCUUGAGUGUCAAUGCUGUUUUUGAAUAGCUGGAGGGUGAGUAGUCACAUAGUAAGGUAUGACACAAGCCCUCCAGCUAUUCAAAAACAGCAAUGAUACUCGAGAGAAGCUCAGAUUGAACUUCCACUCAUUGAGUGUGAGUGUGAGUGAGUUUUUAGAAUAUACGGGCGUCAGACCCGUUCGAGUUUAGAUCAGGUCGAAAGCCUUUCGGAAAUUGAAAAGAACCACCCGAACAGCAUCGCCGUCUGUUCCCUUAACCCAUCGAUGGACCAUUUUGAUGAAAGGCAGAGUUGAAGACGAGCAACGCAAUUCAGUUUUCGUUUGUAAAGCCCCGCGGGGUAAAGCGAGAAGCCUGGUUUCCAUAUGUUCGUAACGGUCGUAAAGAUUGAGUCACGAUCUUUCUCAUCAGGCGUAAAAAAAAAUACCAGUGGUUCCGGUUUCAUAUCGUGAAAAAAUUAGGGUCGGUAGGUCGGAAAUUUUUUUUUUUAAUAUUUUUUCAUGGUUUUGUCGGUUUUUUGCUGGGCGAUUUUCAGUAGAGUCCCAACAUCAAUAUUAACUAGAGAUGCGUAUUUCCAAUGGACGAAUUUAGGCAAUUUGGUUCAAUAAUUAGUGUGACAACAGACGCCAUUUUGGCACGCUGUAUGAGCAGCCCGCAACCACCUGGAGAAAAUAGGGUCGCACGGUCAAUCACGUUGAAAAAAUAAUAGGGUCGGCAGAAAAAAAUAGGGUCGGUCGGGAACCGGAACCACAGGUAUUUUUUUACGCCUCAGCCGAAAUAUAACAUUUUAGAACUGAAAAUACGCGGAGUGAUUAUAACUAGAGAAUACUUAUGAUUUAUAUGUGGUUUACAGGUGUAUAAACUAUCAUAAACUGGCCGUUGAGAAAGGUCGUGACUUUAUUUUUACGACCAUAUGGAAACCAGGCUAGAGAGUUGAUUACGCAGGGGACAUUUCAAGCUCUAGAUUAACAAAAUAAGGUUUGAUGAGUGUUCCAACUAUGUUUUAACUUUAAUAGAAUACAUGAUAGUGUUGGAAAAGGAUUAAGAACGGUUAUAACCACGUGAUAGUCUGCGUGCAGCCUAUCAGCCCGAAUUUUUGAGGCUGCACGCACGCAGGCUAGUCGCGUGACUGCCAACUCUCGUGCACUCUCAUCCUCGUUUGAUUCAGGCAUAAAUCUGCAAGCCGUGUUCUUCUUAAUUAAUAAAAUAUAAAAUCAAAUUAUCAAAUAACUGGUGUUCAUAACUAGUUUGCAUAUGAAUUGAUUCAUUCGCAAGUUGUUAUUUUGGCAUACACGGCCGCUCAUAGAUAGAGACGUCACGUAUAUAUAUAUACAAACUUGGACAGCCCAUAAGCUCGCCCGUGCACAAAGACAGAAAAAUAAUGUGAACAAAUAAUGAACUUACUGUAUAAUAAUAAUUUUGUUUGUUAUUAAUAUACUUUUAAAAUGAAAAAGUAUUGUUCAAUCAAUAUCUUAUUUUUGAUAUUUUCGACAAUUGAGUACUGCUCUUAUGUUGUUUACAGGUUUGCUAUGUUUUUAUGAACUUUUGUCUGUCAUAAUUUAGGGAAUAACGGUUCCGCUUUUGUAGAAGUUUUAGUUGGCAGAUCUUCAUCAAGUGAAUAUCAGGUAUCUAGAUCAUGCAUAUAUUAUUGGUAUUUGUAUUGGAUCCGAUUAAGGGAGUGGUCAUUAUUUAUGGGGAGGGGGGGGGGGGUUGGGAAAUGGGGAAAAUAAGGAUUGAAAACUUUUUUGACCCCCCCCCCCGCUCCAGACUGAAGGUAAACUUUUUGUGCCUCCCCCCUCAUAAAAGUAGAAACUUUUCUGACCCCCCCCGUGUCGAUUGAAAAAUUAACAGCAACGAAACAGGUGUGCGUUGCAGGUAAAGUUAGAUAUUAGGACAUCUGUUUAAUCUAGCUCAUGAUGUUUUACCCUGGUGAAUAUGAUUCAACCAUAUAUGAUUAAAAAAUAUAUAUUAUGUGUUACUACUUUGCAAUGCAACAUUUGUCCUACCAUAACCCUAACCCAUGACCCGUCUUCAUACAGCGAAAUGAUUUGAACACAGGGUUUUUUUAAGAACUUGUCUGGGGGGUGGGCAUCUCCAAAAAGGGACCAUAAUAUAUUGAGUGUUGAGAGAUAACAGAUGGUUGUUGGUGACAAAAAGUUUGGUGUGUUAUCGUAUGUACUAGUAGGGGGGUCUGGGGUCCGUUUUUGUAUUUUUCCACCCCUAGAACUGAAAUGUGAGCAUUUUCUGAAACAGAUUUUUGGAUAUACAGCGUUACAUUGUGCGUUGAUAGACCGAAUCUGAUCAGUUAAGUGUACUUACAUGGUAUGUUUAUGUAAAUACUACAACUGGGUCACUCAGGGGGUAGAAAGCUUGUUAAACUUAGUGGGCCUGACUCCCACGAUCGCGAGGCGCUACCAUGGUUGGCGCCGAGCAGGGAAAUUUUGAAAAUUUUGAGUCUCUAGAUCGUUGGAAAUAGCAUUUUCAGAGUCUUCUUUUUUGCUAUUUGUGAUUAUAGAAAUCAAAACUCUAGACAUGGUAUUUAAGUUCAAAAACUUUUAUGACCCCCCCUUUCUCUGUGUUAAAACUUUUUUGACCCUCCUAUUAAUAAGGGUAAAACUUCGUUUGCCCCCCCCUCCCAUUUCCCAACCCCUCCCAUUUCCCAACCCCCCCUUCCCAUAAAUAAUGACCACUCCCUAAGGCAUAGCAAGCCUGAAGGACUAGGAAAAAACAUAUGAUAUCAACUUUUGUGCUAUAAUAUAUAGUAUUAUUAUAAUCUAAAGUACCUUUUGGGCUCUAAAUCUCAUAAUUAGGAUAUUACAAUUCCCACCUGGAUCAUUACUCGUGAGUUUAUAAUUAUUGAUUUUCUGAUCCAUCAAAUGUUCAGGUCCUGCUUGUUGCAUCAUCGUUCAUGAGUCCUGCUGAAAGUAAAUCUGGAACAAACAACAACAGAGUUAGAAUGUUUGGUAAGGGAAUAGAGAAAUAAAAAAACUUUUGCAUAAUAGUCAAACCAUCUUGAAGAUUCUGAGGAUGAACCGCAAUGAAUAAACAAAUCUGUGAACUUUUGACAGUUCCACACUGUUAUUUACCUGUUUAGCGCUAACAAUUAAUAAAAGCAGAACUUCGACGUUACGAGCGAUCUCAUCUAUAUAAUUAAAAUACUGAUAGACUGCGUUAGGUUGAUCUGUGCUGUUAGGUAUAGUUGUUUAAUCUUUAAAGACUAAACAACGGCUAUACCUAACAGCACAGAUCAACCUAACGCAGUCUAUCAGUAUUUUCAAUUAUGAUGAGAUCGCUCGUAUAACGUCGAAGUUCUGCUUUUAUUUUUCAUGUAUAGUUGUAUCCCUCGUAAUUCGCAGUUAUAUCGUCUCUUCCUACACUGGCACAGACCGUUCAAACUUGGAGUCUACCUGACAAAGGAGCAGAGGUUUACUUUCAUGUACUAUUUAAAACAUGAGCAGCAGUGUUUUAUCAGAUAUAAAGAUACGAGGCGAAGCCGAGUAUCUUUAUAGAUCUGAUAACACACGCACUGCGAAUGUUUUAAAUUGCUUCAAAACCGAUCGAUCUAGUAAGUACAUUGGCGAAGUAAUUUUCUGAAAAUACGUUGUGUAAGUCGAGAAAAUCAAAGUUAAAGUUUAUGUAAAUCAAGGGAAAUCUCUAUCACAUAUAAAGAUACGACACGCUUAUGAUUUUUCUUUGUGUUUACCUCGUAAAUUGUUAAUGAAUUUUUAGAACUUAGUUUCUAAUAUCGCCAGUCAUUCUUUAUUACUUCCUCCUUUUCCUUUCCUCCUUUUCCUUUCCUCCUUUCUUUCUUAGUUAGUCUUACUGGGCAUAGUUCUAUCAAUUCAUGUUCGUCCUCGAUGUCUAGAAAAGGACGUCCUUUUUAUGCCCAGAAUCAAAAUGGAUACACUCUUUUCACGUGACUGAGGGGGAAUAAGGAAUUUUAUCAAAAAACUGCAUAUUCUAGGAAUUAGAAACAGAUCCCUGAUCCUGUCGCCGAGAUGAAAAGCUCAUGCACUAACAUGCACUGCUUGUAACACUCUCCAAGCAUACUAUUUAGCCAGCAGCCUACCUCAGAGCUUUUUUGUUAUGUGUUUUCCCUAAGUCAUGCCAUUGCAAAGUUAAAUCAAUUUUUGAAUUAUACAGGUUUAGAAAAGUUAUCAAAAGUGAUCGCCGACCAGAAGUGGGACAGGGUCAAAUUGAGUUGUACACAGCCAUACACUAAGGUAUAAAGAAUUAAAGAUAUCAAUAAUUUUUAUGAAGGACACAUAUUGAGUUUGAAUUUUCGAUUAUAAUGGCUAAAAAUUGUAUUUAAUAUAGACAUCAUGUUAUGGUUUAUCGUUUGUAAAUUUCCAUACACCAGAAAGUACGGUGAAAAAUGGAACACCAGAAAAG